GCUGCCCAGCUGGAUCCCAGAGAUCCCUCGAUACCUUUCGACUGCGCCCAGCUGCUGGUAUUGCUGCUCCCGCCGGGGCAUGAGGCGGUUGACGAGGUUGUUUCAGAGUCAUGUGGCCUUGGGCCAGAGGGGGUGUGCGGAGACUCCUCGAGCUCGCAUUGGAUGACGCAUAUCGAGCCGAAGUUCCGACGAGCCCAGGAGGCAGCCUUCGCAACCUGGCGGGGUGGCCCCGAGCCACUGCCGCGUGGCGAUGAGGAUCUGGUGUCCUGGGCCAAGUUGACGGCCUUGACAUGCCCGAACGGGGGCGAGGCCAUACGCGAUCCAGCGCUUAUGAUGGGCACCGAGGAUUCCAUUCUUCUGUCAUCCGGCGGCAACGUGUACGGCCAGCGUUUGCCCCACACUCUGGGCGGACGCUUCAGCUGGGCUGGCCAGCGUUACGUUGAGCGCAGCGUGCGAUUGUCAACCCUGACUGAUGUGAUGUUGAGUGGGAACGAGGGUGUGAUCACCAAAAGGUGUCAGAUCUUCGUGCCCUACUACGACAAGCAGGUGCCGUGGCAUGAGAACCUACCGACCCCGGCGGUACCAGCCGAGCCGGUUAGAUGGCUGCCAGUCGCGUUGUGGCUGCUGGUCAUGUUCCCUGCGAAUUUCUUCAGCUUCCUGGUCGAUGAAUUGGCUCGUCUGGCGGUGUGGCUGACUGUGAGGCAGCAGCGCAUACCCUUGCUUGUUCCUGCAGACCGUGGGCAACUGAAGCCCUUCAUGUACGACUGGCUGACGCUGCUCGGAGGCUUUGAAGUGAUACCGUACGAUGUGCGGCCUCAUUUCAUGGGCCCGGCUCGUGUGGCAGAGCCCCGCUUCCUCGUCCACCAGCUGCACAUGGUCGACUGGCAGGAUGCACCGGGUUCCUCUCGGAGGGAGGAUGUCUUCCUGCUUCCCCCUCGCUGGGCGCUGCAACGGCUGCGUGACCUGGCGACUUGGCGCGUCUUCGGCUCUUCCCCGCCUCCUGCCACGCCAGGCAAGAAGAAGCUGCUCUGGAUCCAGCGGGCCGUGGCCACCACGCGCCGGGUAGCCAAUGAAGCCGAACUCCUGCACGCCAUGAUGGGACUUCUUGGCGAUGGCUGGGCUCUGCAGAUCUUCUCGGACAGCCCUUUGCCGACUGCGCGAGAAACCGUGGAGCUUUUCCGCUCAGCCGACAUUGUGGUGGGAGUGCAUGGCUCUGGUCAAGCCAACGUGGUGUUCUGCCGCCCCGGCACCGGGAUCAUUGACAUCAAUCUGCCGGAGCCUCAUUCGCAGUACACAGCGCACAACAGUUAUGCUCUCGGGUUCCACUACCGCUUGGUCAUGCUCCAGGGUGUUGGGCUUCAUCAGUCGCUCAACAUCACAAUGCCAGUUCGCGAUGUCCUCGAUGCCGUCAG